AGUCUACUAACCUGCUCAGAAUUUGGGCUCGUUCAAAAAUGUACACAAACAGCGCACAAGUUUGUUUUACGUUAAACACUCUCCGCCUUACGGUUGUCGCGGUUUCGGUAAUUCUGCUUUAUUUCUCGGUUUCCUGCGAGUCCUGCCGCCAGUUCAGCGUGAAACGCGUGAUCGUGAGCACAACAUGAAUCGAGCGACGAAUGAGAAAAUACCGGGGAGAUUGACGAUAAACGUAAAAACUAGAUAGCCGCUACAAUGUCCAUGUUAAUGGACAAGCACCUUUUAUUCCGUGCAACGUUAUUUUGGGUGCUUACGAUGGUUCCACAGGGUACCACCAAAAUUUGCCAGUCGAUUGAUGUGCGAAAUAAUGUGGCCAAUUUGAACAAAUUGAGAAAUUGCACAGAAAUCAGUGGCGAUUUGUAUAUAGUGCUCCUUCUCAACACGGAAAGUGAGUCCGAUUACGACGACUAUGUUUUUCCGGAGUUGCAGAAAAUUAGUGGACACUUGCUGCUGUUUCAGCUGAAACAUUUCACCUCGCUAGGAAAAAUGUUUCCCAAUUUAAGACUGAUUAGAGGAUUAACUUUGUUUAGAAAUUACGCGCUCGUCAUCUAUGAUUUGGCGAGAAUUCAGGAGAUUGGUACGAGUAAACUGACUUACAUAGCCAGAGGGUACGUUAAAGUUGGGAAAACUCCCAAAUUAUGCUAUGCGGACACCAUUAAAUGGAACGCAAUCGGACCAAAUAGUUUAGCCCACAUUCAGCUUUACAGAAAUGACUGUCUUCCGUGUGCCCAAGAAUGCGGUGGUUACUGUUGGAACCAAGACACAUGUCAGAUUUUCAGUGAUGACUGCCAUGCAGAGUGUUUGGGUUGUACCAAACCCGCCUCAAAUGAGCAUUGCGAAGUCUGCAAAAACUUCGAUAAUGACGGAGUAUGUGUAGCCGAGUGUCCGGAAAAUAGAUAUAUUUUACAAAUCUUAGGCAAAUGUAUAUCGGAAAAAGAGUGCCAUAGCCGCAACAUCCGCAACAACAGUCCGGGUGCAAAUCAAGGCGUUUGGUUCAUCUACAAAGGUGAAUGUCGCAACACCUGUCCCGAAGAAACGGAAUUCAACGAAACCUUGCAAAACUGCGUACCAUGUUUCAAUGAAUGUUACAAAUCAUGCGAAGGUGCCGAGUUGGUCAAUAGUCUGACCAUCGAGGACAUGCGAGGAUGUACGCACAUUAAUGGAUCGCUUUCAAUCCUAUCGCUUAAGAAUAAUUAUGACCGUGAUGAUCUGUUUACCUCCUUAAAAUCCGUACGGUACAUUAGAGACUAUUUGAAAAUAUCCAGAUGCGAUGUGAUCAACGAUCUGCAAUUCCUGCCAAACCUGCGUGAAAUUGGAGGAAUGAAUUUGUUCGCCAAUAAAUCCCUGUUGGCUCACGACAACAGGAAUCUGAAAAAGCUGUGGGAUCUCAAUGCGAAUUUUACGUUGCAAAUUAAACAUGGAACUAUCGGGUUUCACGACAACGACCAACUCUGUCUAACCGAAAUUCAACGAUUCGCCCACCACGUGGGCAUUAACUAUAGUGAAAUUGAUGUAUCCAAAUAUUCAAACGGUGCUUAUUGCUAUGAGGCCGUAGAUGAAUCCCUGUCAGUGAUCGUAAAUGAACGCCAUUCAAAAAAUGUUACCAUCACUUGGGAAAACCGAUUGGGGCGUGAGGAAUUUUACUACUUAAUCCACUAUACGGAUUCUCUAGAUGCUGAUGAGAUGGACCAGGAUGUGUGCAGCUCCCCUUGGACUACAGUGAGCACUGUGAAGAAUACCGUGCAAUUAGUUGGCCUGAAAGUAUUCAAAAAGUAUCACUUUUACAUUCGAAUUUACCUGAGGAACAUGUCAGUCAGGCGAACGCCAAUCAGAUCGUUCGAAACCCUCCCAGACGAUCCUGAUGCGCCUACAUUUUUCAACGCGGUUGCAGUUAAUGAUACCGCAAUUAAUCUUACAUGGGAUCAUCCAGUUCAGACCAAUGGAAUUCUCAACUCGUUCAAACUGACCAUUUAUGAAGAACCGCAAGAUCCGUAUUUGCUGGAAGAUCGAGACUAUUGCGCGUUUCCUUUCACUGCCGAAGGCUCAUUGGUUGACCGUGCGAUUAAUGACGACAGUUUUGAGGACGAGCCAACCGAAGGUCUGGCUGAUGCAUACAACCUGAACGAGCCCCAGUAUACAUAUCCUGGAAAACCGUGCAAGCCGACCAACCAAGAAGUCAACAUCCGACUGAAGAACGAUAUGUGGCUGUACCUUUGCGAUAAAAACUCGCAAUCCAUGUACGGAAUUGAUAAUUGCAAGAGUUACUACUACGAGAUACUGGAGAGCAAUUUAACUGAUCCGAAACUGAAGAAGCGGGCUUUGAGUUAUGGUGCCGGCUACAUUUCGACCACCAGUCUUCCAGCAAAUGCCACCUUCCACGUGGUUACGAAGCUGGAACCCUUCACUCUUUACAUAUUUUAUAUAAUGGCGUGCAACGAAGAGGACAAUGGGAGGAAGCUGUGCAGCUCAGUACUCCAAGCCAGAGCCAAGACGUUGAAAAAUCCUUAUGCGGAUCUUAUAACGAGAAUUGAUAUCAAACUGACUUCGAAUAACAACUUGCUGGUCUUCUGGGUGCCGCCUCAGAGGCCCAACGGGUUUAUCGUGGCUUACCACGUGUACUGGCAUAAUGAUUUGGAGAAGCUGAAGAUGGAACAAUCGCAGUGCAUCACUGCACAGGAGUACGCGCAUGAGAAGGGCCUCACUCUACGAGGCCUACGCCCAGACACUUACCACGUAUCAGUUCAGCCGGUUUCCCUAGCUGGUCCAGGAAACAUGUCCGAGCCGAAAUCAUACGAAAUACCGCAACCGUACAAUUGGCUGCACAUCUCCUUAAUUGUUAUAGGGCUUGGUGCGCUCUUGGUAAUCUGCCUAGGAGCAAUCUGGGCAGUUCGGAUGUUGCGCAGCCCCCGCUCGAGGAGUCCCAUAUCAGCCUUGGCCAACAUUAACCCCGAGUACACCACCCUGGCUUACAGAGCCGACGAAUGGGAGAUCGAUCGCGAUGACAUCGAACUAGGAGAGCUAAUCGGCCAGGGCGCAUUUGGACGAGUGUUCUUCGGCAGAAUCAUGUCCAAAGACUUGAACUGCGCUGUUAAAACCAUCAAUGAAGAGGCGUCCGAUUUGGACCGAAUGACGUUCCUCGAUGAAGCCUCUACCAUGAAGGGUUUCACCCAAGGCCCCCAUGUUGUUAAGUUAAUGGGUGUGGUUUCCCAGGGCCAACCCCCUUACGUUCUAAUGGAACUGAUGGAGAGAGGAGACUUGAAACGGUAUCUACUUAGAUUGCGGGAUUCCUCGCAAACUCUCACGUCCAACGAAAUCUAUCGAAUGGCCAUUGAAAUCGCUGAUGGUUUGGCCUACUUAAAGUCCAGGAAAUAUGUGCAUCGGGAUCUGGCCGUACGCAACUGCAUGAUCAACAACAAUAAGACCGUUAAAAUUGGAGACUUUGGCAUGACCAGAGAUAUUUACCAAAGUGACUACUACAAAAAGGGCAGUGGAAAUGUGCUUCUUCCAGUGAGAUGGAUGGCUCCCGAGUCCAUUGCAGAUGGAGUGAAUACUUAUGAUACCGACAUUUGGAGUUACGGGAUCGUUCUUUGGGAAAUUGUAACUUUGGCGUCGCAACCCUACCAUGGUAUGAGCAACGAGGAAGUCAUUAACUUCGUGUUAUCAAAGGGCGUAUUGACACGGCCUGAAGAAUGUCCAAACUUGCUGUGGGAGAUAAUGGAAAGGUGUUGGGAAUGGCUGCCAAAGCUGCGGCCCACGUGUUGCGAAAUCGUCGAAAUGCUUGAGGGAUGUGUUGGGGUGGAUUUUGAAUCCAUAUCCUUCUUCCACAGUCCCAUUGGUGUACACUAUUUCGAUCAGGCCGCCAUGCGAGAGGAAAAUCCGCCCGCAUUGGGUUUACACGGUCUAAAUCCGUUCAACGAAGAACAGAACAUCCUCAUUGAAUCAAAUCCACUCAGCGAAGUGCUAGAAGAUGGCAGCCCCUUUUUUGACAUUGAAAGUAGUCCUUCGUGUAGUUCGCAACAGCCUCACAGAAUAACGGUUCAAGCUGAAGUGUACGAAUUAAAAAGCUUGAAAAGUCAGUCGAGUUCUGAUUAGGAAGGCAAAAGGAAAUCGCACAUGUGAGAUGAUUAUUUCUGAAAAUGCUUCUUCCAAAUUGCAUUAACAAUGCUCCAAUCACCCAGAAAUUGUGACUUUCUGGCUCGAUCCAUCAGUGUCAAUCAAAUCAAAAAUUUCUUUUAUAUUUUUGUAAUAAAAUUACUUUAAAAUUGUUGUUUAUUCGACGUUUUUGUUUUUAUUGUUGUGUGUCUGACUGUCCACUUUUUUGUGUAGCAUUUCAAAUCAACCCUCCUUAACUACUGAAAAACGUUUUUUAGUACUGAUGUGCAUAAAUUUUAGGAAAUUUUAAUGAAAAUUUCUAACGAGAAAAUGCGCGCGAAUGUACGCGUUUUAUGGCUCGUAAAUUUGGCCCCCGCAAAUUUAUGCUGGUGUAAAAUUCACUAGUAGGAUAAGCGAUGCAGUUAUUUGCCUAUUUCAACCUAAUAUUUUGCCAUCUUUCGAGCUUUCAGGUAUUUUCUAGUGAUAUUUUAUCGGUUUCUGGGUUUUCAAAUGUAAGCAAAGAUUUACCUGUAAACACAUUCACUUUUGCAGUAAAAACCGGGAAAACAGAUUGAAAUUAAAAUGUUUUUGACUUUGGAAAGUUUUAAAAUUUAAGUGGCUGCCGUAGGCUGAAAAACUUGUUGCUUAUUUUAGAUAAAAAGAAAAAUAGACAAUUUUAUGCAAAGGUUCCCUUGACUUAAGUUUCAGUGAUAUCGAGGAAAAUCACCAUAAAUUUUGAUGAUCAUUGUUCAAAAUGAUGUGGAAUGUUACUGGUUUUGUAGAAAAUUUGUGAAUUAAUCAGCAGGUAAAUGUUGCAAAUGCAAUUUCCCUAAAUUUUAAUGUAUUUUUAAGAUGCAGUCGCUAUUUCUCUCGAAUUAUCGAAACAUGUACGUACUUCUAUAAGGAAAAAAAUGCUCAUGCCCGAAUAAUGCAGAAUCUUGAAUAAUUGAAACGCACUAAAGAAGAUGCAUGUAUGUACUCUUCCAUGUCUGAGCAAUAAAUCAAAUAAUCAGGACCUGAAAGUCCUAGCAGCCAGACAGCCAAUAACUGUUUCGUUUACGCUAUUUUACAAAAAAUCAAAGCACCUACCUGCCACACUACACACAAUUAUAAACAUGCAUUUUACUGAUUACUUAAAUGACAUGACUGAUUACUUAAAUGAGCAAAAAUAGAAAAAAACAACUCAUCUGCAGCCUAGCUAGAUUUUGGUUAGAGAAAUAGGGACCAUCUGCGACAUGCACAAAACUAGCUGCACAAAUACUGCCACAUCAAGUAACGUUGAGCCUCAAACUGCAAAGUCAAAUUAGCUUGAUGGGAAGCUGCAUAGACCCCACCUGUAACACUCAAAAGACCACAGGUAACAUUUCCUUUAUUGAUCAAUGGGCAACAAUAAACAAUUCCUACUAUAACCAAAUUAGCCUAAGUUAACGUAAGUACAAAUUUCAAUUGAUUGACCGAACAGUCACCGAAUUAACUACAAAAAUACCUCAGUCAUAUUUUGCCAGCAGAGAGUUUAUCAAAUUAAUAUUUAUACAUGUUAGGAUAGGUAGAUUUUAACUCAGAUCUUUAGGGUUAUUUAUUUAGGGGAUCGUAGGGUUUGUUCAACACUCGUUUUUAUCCAAAAACAAUAGGAACAACAAUGUAUUUUCAACGUGCAUACAAAAGGAUUCUGAAGACACGCUAUGGAUAAGAAACUUUAAAUGUUGUAUAAACGAAACAAAUCGAGGUGAAGAUUGCAUUUUUUGAAAAUAAUAAUUAAUGCAAAGCCUCAAGUAUUUAGCUAGUUGAAUGUUUCCUAUCUUAGACACUGUCAAUGUGGACUUGGGGCGAACGAUGUAAAUAGUCUUAAGUAGAUAAACAUCGCCCUUUGUGGUCCUUGCUAAGUGUAAAACACCUCCAAGCAAUUAGGUAAUACUAUUUUUAUGAAUUAGUAUGGAAAAUAACUAUUAUCGAUAAGUAAGAGAACGGUGUCCACCCACUAUGCAUGAGACUGGUUACGAGUGAUAUAUAUAAGAUUAUGCAAGAGUUUAUUUUUAUGACCAGUAUAGUAAUUAUAAUAGUAGUUAGAUGUCUUGCAACCGGUACCUAAAUAGUUAACUAAAUGUUUUACACGAUGUCUUCAUCAGCAAGUUCAACAUUUUUCAAAUUUUUGCAUUUUAUUGUUGAUAGUGGUUUUUAGGACAAACUGUCAAGAGUAGCUUUGCUCACUUGCAACUAGCGAGUUUUUCGGGCUUUUGAGGAGCAUCUUUUAGCAUAAAGAUGUAAAACUUUAGGAAUAAAUUCGUUUUCAGCAUGACCGAAAAGCUCGCUAGUGUCCAGUUAACAGUCCUUAAUUUUCGUUCCUGAUCGAUUAGUUACAUUUAAUCUUUUUGGGUUAGUACUUUCUUGUUUUUUACCUUGAUUUAAGCAUUUUUCUUUGUUUAACGUCGAAAAUUCCUGUGGAAUUGAAUAAACUAGAACGACGUCCAAUACGCAAACUGAUAACGUUUUGAAGAUUUAUUUUGCAUCAUCAAUGUUUGCUUAUUCUCAAAUUAUUUAAGUUCUCUAAAUAUAUAUUUUUUUAUUUCUUUUCAUGAACGACAACAUUUUUCAUAUGAAUAGUUUACAAGCCCUGAUGAUGCAGAAAUACAUUUAAGAAACAUUCACAGCUGAAAUUGCAUUCAAUUUCGAACUGCAUGUUUCUCUUUAAUUCUGUUUUUAUUGCAUCUUGUCAGGAACAUAAAAAAUAAUUUCCAAAAAAUAUAUAAAAACGGAAUAAGCAAGAGGACAAUAAUCCACACAAGAAAAGCUAGAAUAUGCCUCUCAUAUUGGUUAUGGGUAUUUUGAAAAUGUAUAGAUCUGAGCAGUGCACCAUGUAUGUUUUCUGAUUUUAAAAUUCCUAAUUAAACAGUAUUUCAUCUAUGUACAUAAUACAUCAAAACUUUCAUUUAAUAUUAUCUAAGUAAUACUUUGCGUAUAAAUCUAUUCACGUUUACUCGCAUAUUUAGGAAUUCAACAGGAACGCAAAAAGUAUAAACAACAAUAUCAAGAGAACCUUUAAUGGUUACUACGGGAAUUUCGUGCUACUUUGCAUAAAAACUAUAUAAUAGAUUUAAAAGCAAAGCUUCCCGGCUGCAAAUUUUGUAUUCGAAAAUUACGAUCAUCUGUAAAUAUUUCAGGGUGUCUGCUAAGUCAUCGGCAAUAAUUUUGUUUGAUCUUUCACUACGGUUUUCAGUAUUUUCUCGAAUGUUUCUUCUCUGAUAAGGCAAUAUAUUGUUUAUAUAAUUUUUAAUAGAUGAACUUGGACUUGGAUAAAGGAAUAUCAAUUGGAUGAGUUCCAUGCUUGCUGGUCCAAAUUCCACGCCUUUCUAUAUUCAGUUUAAGAUUCCCUAAAUUUGCAAUUUUUUGUUUUCAUCCAGUUCAUUAACGAUCCAGUUUAGCUUCCAUUUAUUGAAUUGAUUCAAGCCUGCUCCGAUCAAAGUUUUAAUUUUCUUUUAGUUUUUAGUUUUAGUUUUAAAUUGUUGUCGUGAAAGUGAAAAAAUUGCCAUUAAGAAAUUGUCAGAAGCCUUUGCGCUGGUUUUCCAGAUGGCCUUCGUUGUUCUUUAUCGAAUAAUUUUGUACAUUUUAGUUGAACUCAUUCAAUUUUUUAUUUAAAGUUUAGCAGAUUCGGCACUGUGCUUGAAUUUUAAGCUUUAGUUGCACAUUUUGUAGAAUCCUCAUGUCGCUACUUCUUCAUCCAUUUUUAACCACUUUUGAAGACAUCGGGUAUUAUUAAAGAUAAUAUAUUUUUAUCAAUAAAUAAAUUUUAAAAGAUCAACUGCCAAAGAAGCCAUUGCGUUUAGUUCUACAUAAAUACAAUUAUUACUGCAAAGAUAUAACAUAUUUCUGAUUGAUCAGUAGUGGCGUCCUGUGGGAAUGCCUUUCUGUGUAAAGACUGUAUUAGAUUUUAUAAAUAACUGUAGCUAGAUGAAGUUAACCGCCGAGUUAAUAAUGCUGUUCUAGCCUCCAGUCACGAGGUCUACAGCGAAGCGUGUAGGAUGUCUUUUCCUUUAACUUGUAAAAUAUCAAAAUGUUCUAAUGUGUAAGGGGUUUCUGUUUAAGUUGUAAAUCCUAAUUUUCUAAAGGUCGAUCGGUUAAUAAAGUUUGUAUUUGUGAUAUAA